CUGUCUGUGUGACGAAUCGAGCGUCAGCGGGACCGAGCCAACCACAGCCAGCAUCAUCUGCACACAAGAAGACCCAUUCGACGGUGAUGUUCGGUAGUGGCUCUCUAUGAGAUUCCCAAUGCCUGUGAAUCUAGUCAACGCGAGCCUCAACUUCCUUUGCUUAGAUCUGCUUUAAUGUUCUUAAAAUAAGUGAACGGUGUGAAGAUGCUGUGGAGGAAUAUGCUGGUGCGCAAAGGGAGUCUCCAUCCUUCACCUUACAGAGUGGAAACUGGAUAUGUAGCCAGAGCUCCAGGGGUUAUUCCAGCAUAAUGCAUCCUGGAAGUUAUGAUAUUGAAAUGAUUCUCUGCUUUAACUCUAAAGCCCCAUAAAUGAUAUUUCUCUGCGCAACUUCAUGGAUUUGGUUCACUGAGGACCAUCUGAAGAACAGACAUGGCAGUGCCAACUAUGGUGUUCUCUGACGUGGAAAGUUUUCUGGACUCGCAUCCCGAUUUAUUCGAGGACUACCUGAACAGAAAGGGGAAUUUUAGCAUGGUGGAGAAAUGGCUCAAGAAUCACCAGGCGAGCAAAAGUCCGGUGGCUGCAGCUCCUGCCGAGCCGGGAGAAGAGAAGAGCAACGCGUGCAAGAACAGCUGGGCAAGCAAAUGUGAUGGUCUACAAAGAAGAGCCUCGCAGAAGGAGCUGCGCAAAACUUUCGCCAGAUCAAAGGUCAUCAAUGUCAACAGAACAUACGACGAACAUGUUAAUUCCAGGGCCCAGGAGCCCCUAACGAGCAUGAGGAGGAGAGCUCUGCUGAGGAAAGCGAGCUCUCUGCCCCCGACCACUGCGCACAUACUGAGCGCACUGCUGGAGUCCAGAGUCAACAUCCCCCAGUACCCGUCCACAGCCGUGGAUUUUAAAUAUUAUCUCAAAGAACACAACGAAAGAGAGUUUUUCCUGGAGCUUGUAAAAGACAUAUCUAACGACUUGGAUCUAACGAGUCUCAGCUACAAAAUCCUUGUGUUUGUUUGUAUUAUGGUCGAUGCAGACCGGUGCUCCUUGUUUUUAGUGGAGGGAACGGGCAACAAGAAGACAUUAGUGUCCAAAUUAUUUGAUGUGCACGCGGGCACCACAGUUUUACCCUCAAUGAAAUCAGAUGAAGUUCAAGUGCCGUGGGGGAAAGGAAUCAUUGGAUAUGUGGCUGAACACGGAGAGACAGUGAACAUUUCUGACGCUUAUCAGGAUCGUCGGUUCAGUGAUGAAAUUGACAAGCUGACAGGGUACAAAACCAAGUCACUCUUGUGCAUGCCCAUUUGCAACAGUGAUGGAGAGAUAAUUGGAGUUGCUCAGGCCAUCAACAAGACUUCAAGUGGAGAACUCUUCACUGAAGAUGAUGAAAAGGUGCUGCAGAUGUACCUGCCCUUCUGUGGUAUUGCGAUCUCCAAUGCCCUACUCUUCGCAGCCUCAAGGAAGGAGUAUGACAGGAGUCGGGCACUCUUGGAGGUUGUCAAUGACCUGUUUGAAGAGCAGACUGACCUAGAGAAGAUUGUCAGGAAGAUCAUGCACCGUGCCCAGACAUUGCUAAAAUGCGAGCGCUGCUCUGUUCAGUUGUUGGAGGACAUUGAGUCACCGGUGGUGAAGUUCACCAAGUCGUUUGAGCUACUGUCCCCUAAGUGUAGUGCAGACACUGAAAACAGUUUCAAAGACAGUAUGGAGAAAUCGUCUUACUCAGACUGGCUCAUCAACAACAGUAUCGCAGAGCUGGUAGCAUCCACAGGACUCCCUGUGAACAUUAGCGAUGCCUAUCAGGAUCCUCGCUUUGAUGCUGAGGCACACCAGUUCUCAGACUUCCACAUCCGCUCUGUGCUUUGUGUUCCCAUAUGGAACAGCAACCACCAAAUCAUUGGUGUCGCCCAAGUGCUGAACAGGCUCGAUGGGCAACCAUUCAAUGAUGCAGACCAGCGUCUCUUUGAAGCGUUUGUGAUCUUUUGUGGACUGGGCAUCAACAACACCAUCAUGUACGACCAGGUGAAGAAAUCCUGGGCCAAGCAGUCUGUGGCUUUGGAUGUUCUGUCUUACCAUGCCACUUGCUCCAAGACUGAAGUUGACAAAUUCAAGGCAGCUAACAUUCCCCUGGUUUGCGAACUGGGCAUCGAUAAGCUCUACUUUGACGAUUUCUCCCUGGACGUUGACGCCAUGAUAACCGCCGCUCUGAGAAUGUUUAUGGAGUUGGGAAUGGUGCAGAAAUUUAAGAUUGACUAUGAGACACUGUGCAGAUGGCUGCUGACUGUCAGAAAAAACUACAGAAUGGUUCUCUAUCACAACUGGAGACAUGCCUUCAAUGUCUGCCAGUGCAUGUUUGCCAUGCUAACGACGGCGGGUUUCCAGGAGACUCUGACAGAGGUGGAGACCUUAGCACUUAUUGUAGGUUGUGUGUGCCAUGACUUGGACCACAGGGGCACCAACAAUGCUUUUCAGGCAAAGACGGGCUCAGCCCUUGCUCUGCUUUAUGGGACCUCUGCUACACUGGAGCACCACCACUUCAACCAUGCUGUUAUGAUCCUGCAGAGCGAGGGUCACAAUAUCUUCUCCAACCUCUCCUCCACAGAGUAUAGCGACCUUAUGCAGCUGUUGAAACAGUCGAUUCUGGCCACAGACCUCACACUUUACUUUGAGAACAGAAACACUUUCUUUGAGCUGGUCAGCAAAGGAGAGUACAACUGGAAUGUGAAGGCUCAUAGAGACAUGUGCAGAUCCAUGAUGAUGACAGCGUGUGAUCUUGGUGCUGUCACUAAACCUUGGGAAAUAUCACGCAAGGUUGCAGAGUUGGUGACCAGCGAGUUCUUCGAGCAGGGCGACAGAGAGAGAUCAGAGCUGAAGCUCACGCCCUCUGCCAUCUUUGAUCGAAACAGGAAGGAUGAGUUGCCAGGGCUCCAGCUGGAGUGGAUUGAUGGAAUUUGUGCGCCGCUGUACGAGACUCUUGUCAAGUUGAAUCCAAAACUUCAGCCGAUGGUUGACAUGAUCAAAGCUAACAGGGCCAACUGGGAGGAACUGAACAGGAAAAGACAAUGUGUCCAGAGUGUUUCUGCACCAUCGAGCCCCUGCAGUGGAGACAGCACAGAAACAAGCGGCUGCACUGUGGCCAAAAUAGGCAGCACACCCUGCUGCAGCGGCGAUGCCAACGGCCCACCAUCUAAACCUGUUAGUUAGCUUCUGAUGCCAUCUCCGAGCUGAUCUCUUAGGGUUACUUCUUCUUAAAUGCAGCCUGCAACAGAGGCAUUGCAGUGCAUGCAGAGGUUCUUGGGCUCUGCUCCUCUUCGCUUUUGCUGCUAGAGAUGAGCUUUAGACUUGAGCGCGGCGCUAUCAUGGAGGUUUUUCGGCUCUCUUCAGCCUUCCUGUGCUGAAUGCUGACAGAGCUGUGUUUGGCGAGCUUAUCGGUGCAGCUACAAAUCAGCUGAUGACACCACGUCAGAAAGGAAGCUCAAACCACUGUGUUAACAUGUUCACCAGUGAGCUAACACUAACUAUUCUGGGCAUUGCACAGAUAUUGGAGAGGAAUGUUUGUCUCUGCUGUGGUUCGUUUUGCUCUCGGUACCUCCUCGUUGCUUGCAUUUUGUCCGGGGGAACAGGGAUAUUUUUUGUAAAUCUAUAAAUAGGCUAUUAAGUUAUUUACAAGUGCUGUUUAAGAACAUGUAAGCUCUGGAUUGCAAUGUGGCUGUAGAGUUUCUGAAGGAUAAAGAGGUUCAGGAACAGCAGGACCUGUGACAGCGCUUGCAAUGCAAAUUGAGUGCUCCGCUCCCUCCCUUCCUGUGCCUUGUUUUAAGAUCCUAAUGAAAAAUGCAUGGCCUCCUCACCAAGAUUCUUAGGUAGUAUAGAAAUCCAUGUUGAACCAUGAUGUAUUUUUUAUCAUAAUUUAUAAAAAACAAUGACUGCAGUUAUGUCUUGACCCCAUGUUAGCCACAAAGCAUUACUAUUAUUAUAUUCAUAUAGAAAUCUAUUUUGCCCAAUUUUAUAAAUGCAGGGUUUCACUUGUCACAACACAAACACACACAAUGUGCCUUGAUGAAGUUGUUCUAAUACCACAUUAAUUUCUCCAGAAAUUUCAUCUACUGAUUUAACAUUGACAGCUGCAACAUAACGUAAUGUUAAAUUGAAUAUAAACUCACUAAACUACUUUGAAAAGAAUAGUUUUGAUAUUUUAGGAAAUACACUUAAUUAAAUGAGGAGACCACUCUCAUAUCUUGUCUCCUAAAUAAAGCUACAGCUAGCCGACAGUUAGCUUAGCACAAAGACUAUAAACAGAGGGAAACAGCAACCCUGGCUCUGGAACAAAAUCCACCUACCAGCACCUCUUUAACAUGAAACUACAAGUAAACAAACAGGAUAUAAAAUGUUAAUUUGAGAGCUUUAGAUGUGCUGCUAGGUGGAUUAGUUACCUUUGUACAAAGCCAGGCUAACUGUGUUUCCCUUGAUUUAUAGUCUUUGUGCUAAGCUAAGCUAACCAGUAGCUUUAUAUGAAAGUGGUAUCCUCUUAUCUAACUUGCCGCCAGAAAGUAAGUAAGUGUAUUUCCUAAAAUGCUGACUUUUGCUUUAAUCUGACUUCUGCCCUUUUCUCAAAGCUCACAAACUUAAACAGCUUUUAUAAUCUCCAAAAGAAGACUGAGACACUGAAACUUGUAGUACUGAAGUGCCCAUGUAGUCAAAAGUUAUUAUUUUGAUAUUAUUAUUAUGAUUAUAAGUAUUAUUUUUGGGUGGGGGUAUACCUUAUGAAUUGUGUUGUAGCUUUGUUAAUUGGAGUUUAAAACGUGACUGUGCACAUUGUGUGGCAUGGAUCUGUGUGCUCUACUGUAUUUUAGUUGAAGAGCUGAAUUGAAGUCGACCAGAAACAUUUUGAAUUGCAUGUUUUAUGCAGUAUUAAAUUCAACCACUUGCUAAGGAUGUAGCAAACAUGUGAGCCAACAAAUACCUCGUACUUUGAACUUCAUCAGUAAACCCAUUUUAUCAUCGAAAAUGCAUGAUUUAAAUUCUAUUGCAUCAUGUUACGUGACUUAUGAUAUAUCUCUGUUCUAUUUUUCUAUUAGGUCUCCAAAUGUGGCCAAACUUCUACUUUGUCUUUUUUGCAAUGUAACAUGCUUCUUGUAUUUCUUCUUUCCUCUCCCAGUUGGGCUCUGGAUUUAUUUACAGUGGGCUAAACUGAAAGAAACCUAAGGCAUGAAAAGGCAAAUGUGCAAUGUUUCUGUUCAGAGUUUAAAUAAAAAUAUGCUACUAUA